AUGUACAACGAAGCUUUGAUAAUAAUUGAAGAUAUGUGUCUACGGAUUGCAAAUAAAACAUUAGUACAAUUGGGUAUGACCGCACCAGAUCGUGACAUGCAUGAUCUGUUUGAUCGUGAAUUGCAACGUGAGCAGGAAUUCAAUUCUAAUGAUUUGCGUUUAUUUGUACAAUCGAAUAUAACCAAAAUGAAUAUUCAGCAAAAACAUGUAUAUGACACAAUCAUGCAAGCUAUUUCCAAUAAUGUAGGUGGGUUAUAUUUUUUGGAUGCACCUGGUGGCACAGGCAAAACGUUCGUUAUAUCACUGAUUUUAGCCACUAUUCGAUCGGAACAGAAAAUUGCAUUGGCACUUGCAUCUUCGGGAAUUGCUGCUACAUUAUUAGAAGGUGGUCGGACAGCGCACUCUGCAUUAAAAUUGACAUUGAAUGUACAGGUGAUUGAAACUCCAACUUGCAAUAUUUCAAGAAAUUCUGCUAUGGCAAAAGUUCUGCGAUUAACGUCAAUUAUUUUAUGGGAUGAGUAUACAAAGGCGAAUAAAAAAUUACUAGAAGCAUUUAAUCGAACAAUGCAAGAUUUACGUGGUAACCAACAGCUUUUUGGUGGUGCUUUGAUAUUACUGUCAGGGGAUUUUCGACAAACAUUGCCUGUCAUUCCUCGGUCAACUCCUGCUGAUGAAAUAAAUGCCUGUUUGAAGUCAUCAGCUCUUUGGAGAUAUGUACAAAAAUUGCCACUGAACAUUAAUAUGCGUAUUCACCUACAAAAUGAUCCAGCUGCCCAUGAGUUUUCAAAACAAUUGUUACAAAUUGGUGAUGGCAAAAUACAAAUCGACAGAACCAACGGAUUGAUUACUGUACCGAACAAUUUUUGUACAAUUACGAAAUCGAUAGAUGAAUUGAUUGAAUGUGUUUUCCAAAUAUUCUUCAGAAUUACAGAAAUCAUGAUUGGUUGA